UAAAAAGCCAAAUGCAAUAUGAUAUCCUUAUCUGUUUAUCAACUUCCUAAUCUCCACUCUUUCCCUUUCAUCUGUUAGCCUCAUUGAUUUGCCCUUUUUUCUUCUUUCCUUUUCCAACCAUUUAUGGAGAAAUUAAAAUGAAAAUGAAAUUCAAGGGUAGAUAGAAAAUGGGUAAAAUUGCAGCAAUUUUUUUAACUCCAUGCCAGCCACAGGUGCUCGUUGGGCAGUUUUGUAGUGGGAAAUGGGAGGGAAAGCUCAAGAUGCAAGAUUGGCAAUGCCAUGCGGCGGCUGAACCAAAAUUAGGCCGGCCGUUUAUCAAGAAUCAGAUGGCAACCAAACCUGCCACCUACUCUUCAAAAAUCUCUACUGAUAUCCCACUCUACGAGUCUCCUGGGGCUUCCUUUGAUAGAUAUUUGGAGGAUAAGCCCAGAGUUUUCAAAGCAAUGUUUCCUGACAAACGAAGGAGUCAACAGCUUAAUGAGGAUGAGUGGAGAAUUCAGAUGUUGCCCAUUAAUUUCUUGUUUCUUACUGUUUUGCCCGUAGUAGACAUGAGGUUAAGAUAUAAAUCAGGAGGAAGAGAUUACCCUCCGGAAGUUCCCAUAAAUAUCACAAAAGUUCUUGAGCUCGAUAUUACAAGAUGGCAACUUGAAGGGCUUGACAAUGUUCUUGAGCCAUCUGAUUUUUCCCUAGAAGUCAAAGGAGUAUUAUAUGCUGAUAGAUUAGGAGCACGAGCCCGGCUUAAAGGCCAACUAGAGAUGAAUAUAAGCUUUGUUCUUCCUCCUGUGCUUGCUUUAAUUCCUGAAGAUAUUCGCAGGAAUGUUGCCGAGUUGGUGUUAACAAGAUUGGUGCAGGACAUGAAGCAUAAAGUUAAUGGUAGCUUGCUUGCAGAUUAUAGUGAAUUCAAAAGGGAGAGACCUAUGAAUAAGGCCUGAACUGUUUGAGCUGGUGACUGGAUCUUAAUGAUUUAUUAGAAAAGUGAAAGCUGGUGGCACCUGAACCUGAUGCGACUUGUUGAAACACAGAAGGGAACCUAGAAGAAAGGGAGUAUGUUAGCAGAGGUCUGAACCCCUUGUAGCGGACCAUUCAUUAUUUUGACAUCCUUUAGACUGAAUUAACUUGAAUAUAGCAUAUGUAAGGUGAUGGGAAAAUAACUGAAAUUCGAUAUUUUUUUUUCUUUUUUGAGAAAUUGCACUUGAAAUUUUAAGAGAGGCACUUGCAUUGCUUUUAUUA